AUUUCCUGUUCCCUAGCAACAAGCGCUAUGUGGACUGGAGGAAGGAAUGGGAACACAAUUGCAUUAUCUUAUCUUUAAGCGAAUAAAUGCAUUUAUUUAACGAGUGACCUUAUAUCCGUCGUGAUGUGGAUCGAGACGAUAUUUAAGCUGCCACUCUUCUAAUUGUAUGGACCUACUGCCUGUCAACCACUUUUUCCUCACCCUUUGGAUCUAAAAAAGUGUUCUGCGUUGUGAAUCUAAUGAAUUGCCCUCUUGCAUAUCCAUACACUUCAUCGGCACUGCACUUGUUUCAAUCUGCAUGGUCAUGGCUCUGCAUGACGCUGCACAGACGACCGCCCUACUUGAACACAUGGACUCUCACCUGGAACGAGAGCGCAAAUUCAAAUGCGAGGAAUGCGGGCGCGGAUACAGACACGCCGGCAGCCUUGCUAACCACAGAAAGGCUCACGAUGUGGGAUCUUUUCGGUGCAGCGUAUGUGGCAAAGAGAACUCUAACGCCUUGGCUUUGAAAAAUCACAUGCGGACUCACACGUCGCAGAAGAAGUACUCCUGUUUACAGUGCGGGAAGGCCUUUCGCUUGGCGACACAACUUUCCACACAUGAGAGAGUUCACCUCACCUCGCAGGCGACGGAGUGUGAAAAUAAUGAUGGUAAAGACGUGACGGAGGUCUUUAAUACACCAUGUGACACCUCUGGCGACGCCACUAGCCGACCUUUCAAAUGCAAUCUGUGUGACAAAACAUACAUCCACCACCGCAGCUUGAGCAACCACAAGAAGACCCAUCAAGUGGGAAUGUUUGAGUGCACCGUGUGUUUCAAACUGUUCAAUAACAUGGCCGCCCUCUACAACCACCAGAGGACUCACAAGGUCAGAAACGGCAGCGAUAUCAGCUCAGUAUCUGGCUUCUACGCCGGCUCCACAUUGGAGCAUCGGAAUCCUGACGCUCCUGUCAAUUUCUGCCAUUUGUGUCAGGUUCUAUUUCCAAGUCAUGAAGAGUUCCAGGAGCACAUCCAAAUGCAUAACUCAUCCUCAUCCGUGCCAUUUGGGCUGCAAGAUAACACAGCAGAGAGCCAUCAUGUGACGUAUGACGACAUGUCUAAAUCAAACUGUUAUGCACCUCGUAUAAAUAAUCCUUCCUUGUCACCAGUAGGUAACAGUCAAGCUUUUAAUGGCCGCAUGUAUUCAGACUGCUCCAAUAAUCAAACACCUCAGGGAGAACCCUCGGUCACGGACACAAACAAUAUCAUUCCUGCUCCCGAAUCAGGCUCUGUUGAAUCCGAGGAGCGUCCCUUCAGGUGCCAGAUCUGUGGCAAAAGCUACCGCCACUCUGGAAGCCUCAUCAACCACAAAAGGUCCCAUCAGGUCGGGACUUACCGCUGCUCCAUCUGCAAGAAGAACUAUCCUCACUUGGCCGCACUCAAAAGUCACCUUCGCCUCCAUAAGGGUCAGAAAUGCUCCUUCAGCCUCAACGGGGAGGGGGACUGGCUUUCGUUGGAGCCUUUCACCUCGGACAACCGGCAAGGCUGCUUCCCCUCGCAAGAUAAUGAUGAUGACGAUGAUGCUGGUCUAGGUGUCGAUCAGGAGAACGGGGUGACGUACAGCGAGCGGCUUCAUCAAGAAUUGAGCGAGCACUUGAUGCAGAGGCACAUGUGCGCAGACUGCGGUGAGACGUUCGCAGACAUCGCCGGGAUUAUCGCUCACGGUUGCCCUUCGCUCCGGCAGCAGCAGCACAUCACCGGCGACGACCGUGGCGCCGGCGUGACCUUCCGAGACGGCACCGAUGCGUCAUUCCGUGAAGAGAACGACGCCAGUCGUCGAGGCUACAUCGAGCAAGACCAACUGAACGGUGAAGAAGAUGACGGUGAUCUUUAUCAGUGCUCUGUUUGUGGGAACGGCUACACCAGCAUGACGGCCCUCAGGAGCCAUCUCGGAGGGCACACUCAAUCCCAGUCCGCUGUUGCAGCCAGCUCAGGACCCUCGUCCAUGUCAUCUGAAGAGGAGGCAAAAGAUGAGGAGUCGGAGGAGAUGAUGAUCUGCAGUACCUGCGGAGAAAGCUUUGCCUGCAGACAGGACUUGCUCACUCAUCAACUCGUGCACAUCAAACAUUCAGAGGACGACGACAUCGGCAAGAGCGACGAGGAGGAAGUCGAGAGUCUCAUCUGCAGUCGCUGCGGAGUCUUUUGCACCAACGUCCAUCACCUGGAGAACCAUGACUGCACAGCUAAGAGGCAAGAAGAAGAGGAGCUCAAAGCAAAGGACGUCCACAGAGACGUCAAGGACAACAUCGAGGCGUCUGUGGAUCGUCAGUACAGGUGUGAUCAGUGCGGCCGCUCCUACAGACAUGCCGGCUCCCUCCUGAACCACAAAAAGUCCCACAAGACGGGCGUCUUUAAAUGCAACAUCUGCCAGAAGCGCUUCUACAACCUGCUGGCUCUUAAAAACCACCAGAGGUCCCACUUUGAUGUCAAGAGGCACACUUGUCAUGAGUGCGGAAAAGCCUUUAAAAUCAAAAAGCAACUUUUCAACCACCUCAGGAGGCACAAAGAGAACCGAGCCAAGAUCCAAGAACUGAAUGACCAGGUCCAGGCCCUCAUGCGCUUGAACCGGACCGAGUUAGAUGAAGAUACCGGAGAACAGACGAGACCCGACACCUGGGUCAAAUCAGACGAUGCGGCUGACCCGCGACCUUUUGCAUGUGAGGAGUGCGGACGCACGUAUCGCCACGCAGGAAGUCUGGUCAACCACAGGAACUCCCAUAAAACCGGCCGGUAUUGCUGCUCCGUUUGCAACAACGCUUACUCCAAUCGACUGGCAUUGAAGAACCACCUCCGCACCCACUUAGCCGAUAGAAAACAUUAUUGCCAAAAGUGUGGAAGAGGCUUCAGAGGACAGAAGCAGCUGUCGCUUCACAUCUGUGCCGACUCUCGAAAAAGCGGGAGGCGGAGCUCGAGGCAGAGAGCUUCAAAGUGCAAACACUGUAAACAGACGUUUCCCACGGGCGACCAACUGGUGGCCCACGCCUGCGGGAGAUCUCCAGGAAGCGACAACAACACACAAGGAAACGUUAAAGCGGAGCGCACGUUCUCGUGCAACAUAUGCCAACGCAGCUACCGCCAUGCGGGCAGCCUCCUGAACCACAAGAACACCCACAAGACGGGACACUUCGUCUGCACCUUCUGCUCCAAGCCCUUCACCAACCCCAUGGCGCUUCGCAACCACACGCGCAUCCACACGCAGAAGAAGAAGUACGCGUGCGUCACGUGCGGGAAGGCGUUCCGUCUGGCUAGCAUGCUGCACAACCAUCAGAAGGUCCACAGCCGAGUGGACGGACACUUCAGCUGCUCGGCGUGCGGGAAGAGCUUCCAGGGAAGGUCCGGCCUUAAGAGGCACCGUUGCAGGAAAGGGGAAGGAAGCAGCGUCCAGCAAGGCGACAACCUGGACAAGUGCUUCACGUGUGACCUCUGCGGCCGCUCCUACCGCCACGCCGGAUCCCUCCUGAACCACAAAAAGACGCACUCGGAAAACCUCCACCACUGCCCGCUGUGUCUGCAAACGUUCCCGGACCCCCUGACGCUGCAGAUCCACUCCCAGAUGAGGCGCCAUUGCUGCCCGGACUGCGGCAGGACCUUCUGUCUGAUCUCGCACCUGCAGAGCCACAUGGAGGCGCACUCCAAGGAGCGCUCCCGAGCGUGCCCGGCGCAUACGGUGGAAAGCAAGCCUGAAGAUCUCAGCUGGGACGUGGAGGACUCCGAGGAGGUUCCUCCGCCUUUAUCCCAUCUUCCUGAAAGCGGUGCGGCGGCGAAGGGGCGGAAGAGCCACGUAUGCGAGCACUGCGGCCGCACGUACCGCCACGCCGGCUCCCUCCUCAACCACAAGAACAGCCACAAGACCGGCUCCUUCUCCUGCGCCGUGUGCUUCAAGGAGUUCACCAACCUCAUGGCCCUCAAGAACCACCGCCGCAUUCACACGGAGCCCAAGCGCUACCAGUGCCUGGAGUGUGGAAAGGCCUUCCGGGUGUCCACUCAGCUCAUUUGUCACCGCCGGAUCCACAGCAAAGAGAAACCCUUCGCCUGCUUGCUGUGCGAUAAGACCUUCUCCAGCAAGUCCAACCUGAGGCACCAUGAGAGGAUGCACCAGGACCAGCAGUCCUAUGACUCCGCCUCUUUUAGCUGGGAUGCUAACAACCUUAUGGGCUUGGACAUGGGCUCUUUCCUUUGAUCAGGUUCUUACCUCCAUCGUGGACUGAAUGUUUUCUACAAGAACUUCACCGAUUUGACGGUUUGGACAAAAGAAGCAAAGCCAUCUGUAAAGUCCAGCCUGGUGCCUCCUGAGGGAACUAAAUGUGUUCUAUGAAGGACUAGCAAACCUCUUGGGAACCUCAGAUACCUCCUAGCUUGUUUAGAGCUCCCUUGUAAGGAUUUACUGCUAAAUAGCUCUUCUACUACUGUUACUAGAGUACUACUAAUCGUUACCCUUCAUAUCUAUGUUUGGUGAUACUUAUUUGUUGAUCUAGUACAGCGGUGGGCAAACCUUUUGACUCAUGGGCCGCAUUGAAAAAAAUUGUGCAGGGGGCCAGAAUAUAUAUUUAACACACAUGAUUUUACGCUUAUAAUUUUAAUAAUUGUAAUAAUUUUAAUGAUUUUUAAUAGUUUUUAAAUAUUUUUAAAAUAUUUUUUAAAUAAUUUUUAAUCAUUUUUAAUAUUUUUUAAUAAUUUUUAAUAAUUUUUAAUAAUUUUACGCCUUGAAUUAUUUGUCUAAUUUUAAUUGUCAUACUAUCAGCUAUAUGUUCUUGUUUCCUUUUUUUCAGGAGCACUUUAAACAUCAGACCACAUCAAACUACGAUUUUUUUUUUUUUUUUUUUUUACUGAAUAAGACAUCCGACUUGAAAGUCAUGUUGCCAGCUGGUAUGUUAAAAGUUGAAAUACUUAAAAGCAACUGGCGGGCCGGAUUCAAACGUUUGGUGAGCCGCAUGUGGCCCCCAGGCCGUAGUUUGCCCACCCCUGAUCUAGUAUGUUUCAAUAAGACUUCCUAUGAAUGUUUGUGUAGCCUUUGAUGGACCCAAUGAAUGAAUGAAUGAAUAACUAAUCGACACGACAAAGUUGAGUUUGAUGUCGGUUUCUGUGUAAAAUCAAGCACUUGGAUUAUUUGAGUGGACGGGCAACACAAGAUGGAGGUCAGCCAAGGUUACCAUUUUCAACAGACUUUCAUCAAACUUCCAGGGUUGGCUUGUCUUUUAAGAUGACCUUGCACUGCGGCAAGGUCGUGGCUGCUUUCAUUGGCUGAUUUUAGCUCUACACACAAAUGCAGUAAUUAUGGGCUUUCUCACCUAGCGUUACGCACGUUGUGUCUUUUUAAAAAAAAUAUAUGUUUAACUAGUAUGGAAAAGUUAGUCAAACACACCCUUCAUAAAAUACUGUUUCUUUUGGUAGUAUUGAAAUAUAUUUAAAUAUGACAUCAUUGAAAUAUGUUUUUCAUUUAAAUGUCAUGAAAUAUGAAUUUACAGUACAUGUAUAAUACAUGUAUGUAUGUAUGGUUGUAUGUA